GGCAGAACAAUGAGACGGCCGCUACUAUGGCUGCUUAUCUCCAUCCUGUCUCUCGGUUCGGCGCACGGACAGGUCAGCUACUCCAUCGCCGAGGAAAGGGCGAAAGGCUCGUUCGUCGGUAACGUGGCGCAGGAUUUGGGUUUAGAUGUGACGAGGCUGAAGGCGGGCAAAGCCCGUAUUUACACGGGCGACGGCGGGGACUACGUUGAGCUGAACAGCGAGAGAGGCGUCCUCCUGCUCAAAGACAAGAUAGACAGAGAGGCUUUGUGCGGACGGACGACGCCGUGCGCGUUACAUUUCCAGAUCAUUUUGGAAAACCCGAUGGAGUUUUUCACCGUCACGGUCGAAGUCACCGAUGUUAACGACAACGCCCCGUUCUUUAAGAAGAGUGACAUGAAAUUCAGGAUCAGCGAGUCAGCAGCCGCCGGGGCGGUGUUCGUCUUAGAGCAGGCCGUAGAUCUGGACGUCGGUGUGAAUGGCCUUCACAGCUAUUCGUUGAAGCCGACCGAUAACUUUGUGUUGAGGUUGCAGAAUCAAGCGGAGGGGAGAAAGAUGGUGGAAAUGGUUCUGCAGAAGCCGUUAGAUAGGGAAAUACAGGACCGCUUGUCGCUGGUGUUGACUGCAGUGGACGGCGGUGAGCCAAGACUGUCCGGCACAGCGCUGAUCAACAUCAGCGUGCUCGAUGUUAAUGACAAUGCUCCCGUGUUUACGCAGAAAACCUACAAGUCGUCUUUAAGAGAAAAUUCACCCGCGGAAACGACGGUCACGUCAGUUAGUGCGUCUGACUUAGAUGAAGGAUCUAAUGGUAAGAUAACGUACUCUAUACUGAACUCACUUGAUGAUUUCUCUGAAUUAUUUGAUAUAAAUGAAGAUAUUGGCGAGGUGAGAUUGAUAGGAAAGACCGACUAUGAGAAAAGACGGCAGUAUCAAAUCCAUAUCCAGGCCAGCGAUGAAGGAGGACUAACUGACUCCUGUAAAAUAAUGGUGGAAAUUGUUGAUAUGAAUGACAACGUACCUGCUAUAAAUGUCAUGUCAAAGUCCAAUGUCAUAUCUGAGGACAUUAAACGUGGGACUGUUGUGACAAUGAUAAACAUCCAGGACCCGGACUCCGGUGAAAAUGGAAAAGUUCAUUGUAUCAUUGACGAAAAUGUCCCAUUUACAAUUACUGCAACAUCCAGUAAUUUCUAUAGUCUGGUGACAGACAGUGAUCUGGACCGAGAGAGAGCCUCCGAGUAUAAUAUCAGUAUAACGUGUUGUGAUGAGGGAGUGCCCUCUCUCUCCAGCAGCGUCACUCUCCACUUACACAUCUCAGAUGUGAAUGACAACGCGCCUGUCUUUGAGAGGAGCUCAUAUGAGGCCUACAUUGUAGAAAACAACACACCGGGUCUCUCCAUAUUCACAGUGAAAGCCACAGACGCUGACUGGAACCAGAACGCCCGUGUCUCUUAUAUACUGGAGGACUCCUCGGUUAACGGAGUGCCCGUCUCCUCCUAUGUGUCCGUUAGUGCUGAUAGUGGAGUCAUCCAUGCAGUUCGCUCUUUUGACUACGAGCACAUCAAGGAUUUCCACUUGUGUGUUAAAGCGCAGGAUGGAGGCUCUCCUCCACUCAGUAGUAACGUGACUGUGAAAAUAAUGAUCCAGGACCAGAACGACAACGCCCCUCAGGUGCUGUACCCAGUCCAGACCAGCAGCUCUGUGGUGGCUGAAAUGGUGCCUCGUUCAGCAGAUGUGGGCUAUCUGGUGACUAAAGUGGUGGCUGUUGAUGUGGACUCUGGACAGAAUGCCUGGCUCUCCUAUAAGCUGCAGAAAGCCACAGACAGGGCGCUGUUUGAAGUGGGCUUACAGAAUGGGGAAAUAAGAACUAUCCGCCAAGUCACUGAUAAAGAUGCUGUGAAACAAAGGCUGACUGUUGUCGUGGAGGACAACGGGCAGCCCUCUCGUUCAGCUACAGUCAAUGUUAACGUGGCGGUGGCGGACAGUUUCCCUGAAGUGCUCUCGGAGUUCACGGACUUUACGCACGACAAGGAGUACAAUGACAACCUGACUUUUUACUUAGUCUUGGCUUUGGCUGUAGUGUCCUUUCUCUUCAUCACCUGCUUAGUGGUCAUCAUAUCAGUGAAGAUAUACAGAUGGAGACAGUCUCGCAUCCUCUAUCAUUCCAGUCUGCCGGUGAUUCCCUAUUAUCCACCACGUUACUCAGACACUUUGGGGACAGGGACUCUCCAGCACGUGUACAAUUACGAGGUGUGCAGGACGACUGACUCCAGAAAGAGUGACUGUAAGUUCGGCAGAGCCGGUAGUCAGAACGUGCUGAUAAUGGAGCCCAGUUGUACAGGGACGAUGCAGCGGACCCAGAAUGAAAAGAACAUCCUGGAUGAGCCAGACUUUGAUUCAGAGGUCAGUGUUUACAAAAACUGUUGGAAGCAGUGGUAA